AAAAAAAAGGGGAAAAAAAGAAGAAGAAGAAGAAAAAGUUUGCAAAUCUCCUGCUUCCCGUCUUGCUUUUGGUGGGGUUUUCUGGUUGCUCUUUUUUGUUUGUUUGUUUAGCGAUGGCAAAUUCCUUCACGGCCAGGACUUGGCCCAUCCCCUGAGCAAAGGCAGCUUGGACAUGACCGGCAGGCGAGGGAGGAGGAAUUUGGAUUCCCUUCGGAGGCGCCGACCCCUCCUCCGCCCGGUGCGAACAAGGCGGGGGGAGCCCGGCUCCGGCCGCUCACUCACCCCGCGGGGAGCCGGGGCUGGACCACUUUCUGCCGGGGAACGGCUCCGUGUACCCCCGCGCCUGGCUGCGACCCCACCGGCACCCGCCCCGCCCCGGCAAGCCGGGGAUGCAGCAUCUCCAGUACCGGGACGGAUCUCUGCUGCAAUGAUAUCUGAGCCUUGAUGUGAAGACCUCAACCAAAAGAUCAGCAGAGAGCGUGUGCUUCAGCCCUGAUAAUAGCAUUAACAAGCAGAACUUCACUGAAGUUCAAGACCAAGAGAAAAGAUGGGUGUGAAUUGGAACAUCUGCUACAUCUGCUUGUUCACUCUCAUGUUGCUUCCCAUGGUUACAGCAACCCAUUCCAACUGCAUCAUCAAGAAGGAGCAAGAGACUUGUCUGGAGAAAAUACGGAGGGCAGCAGCCCUGAACCCUCUCAAUGACUCUUCUCCAGGCUGCCCAGGAAUGUGGGACAACAUUACAUGCUGGAAGCCUGCAAGUGUGGGUGAAAUUGUCUUUGUCAAGUGUCCUGCACUGUUCAGAUUUAUCAUCUCUGAAGAUGGUUGGGAAGUCGAUAACUUGGGGCAAACCCAUGCAGGUGAUUAUGACCUGCUGGAAAGCACAGCCCAGUCUCCUCUAGGGGACAUCAGCAGAAACUGCACUGAAGAUGGCUGGUCUGAGCCUUUUCCUCAUUAUUAUGACGCCUGCGGCUUCGAUGAAAAUGAAACAGAGUCUGAUAACCAGGAUUACUACUAUCUUUCUGUGAAGGCUCUGUACACAGUGGGAUACAGCACUUCUCUUGUUUCCCUCACCACUGCCAUGGUUAUCCUGUGUCGUUUCAGGAAGCUUCACUGCACGCGAAAUUUCAUCCACAUGAACCUCUUUGUAUCAUUCAUCCUCCGUGCAAUAUCUGUAUUCAUUAAAGACGGGGUCCUUUAUGCUGAACAGGAUGGCAACCACUGCUUUAUCUCAACAGUGGAAUGUAAAGCAGUGAUGGUGUUUUUUCACUACUGUGUCAUGUCCAACUACUUCUGGCUUUUUAUUGAGGGACUGUACCUUUUCACUUUAUUGGUAGAAACUUUUUUCCCAGAAAGGAGAUAUUUCUACUGGUACACUAUUAUUGGCUGGGGUACCCCAACCAUUUGUGUCACUGUCUGGGCAGUGCUGAGACUUCACUUUGAUGAUACUGGCUGCUGGGACAUGAAUGACAACACUGCCCUGUGGUGGGUCAUCAAGGGUCCUGUGGUUGGAUCAAUCAUGAUAAACUUUGUGCUUUUCAUUGGCAUAAUUGUGAUACUUGUGCAGAAACUCCAGUCACCUGAUAUCGGGGGCAAUGAAUCCAGCAUUUACUUCAGCUGCGUUCAGAAAUGCUACUGUAAGCCUAAGAGGGCUAACCAGCACUCUUGCAAGAUGUCAGAACUAUCAACCAUUACCCUGAGGCUGGCUCGCUCUACGCUGCUGCUUAUCCCCCUGUUUGGAAUUCACUACACGGUGUUUGCUUUUUCCCCUGAAAAUGUCAGUAAGCGGGAGAGACUAGUGUUUGAAUUGGGACUGGGAUCUUUCCAGGGAUUUGUUGUUGCUGUUCUCUAUUGUUUCUUGAAUGGGGAGGUGCAAUCAGAAAUAAAGAGAAAAUGGAGGAGCUGGAAAGUCAACCGGUAUUUUGCUGUGGAUUUCAAACAUCGUCAUCCUUCUCUAGCGAGCAGCGGAGUGAACGGGGGGACACAACUCUCCAUUCUGAGCAAGAGCAGCUCUCAGAUUCGGAUGUCCAGCAUAAAUGCGGAGAACUUGGCAACAUGAGCAGCUAAGGGAACCCAAGCAACCCACGAGCAAACCAAAAAAUCCUCCCUUCAAAAAGAAACAAAAAAGAAAUCAUAGUUCUGGUGGAGGU